AGUGGGGACACACAUAUCAGAUGGGUACAUUGACGACAUCUUGGAAAGAUUGUUUGGCGAUUAGGUCGAAGAUCUAGCUGAUGAUUCGCCCGAAGAAGCGGACGACGCCGACGUUGAUCUUGUACCCCUAAUGACGCCAAAAGUAAGCGAGGACUCAGCCGAAGAGCUGGACGCUUCUCGAGCGAGUAAGUCGUCAGCCCUCCCCGAAUCCCAGCUGGAGAGCGAGGUCCCUAGUGGGCACGAGAGCCAUUCAGACGGGGAUUUGAAAAGCUCGCUCGACGCGGUAGAUCAGAAGGUAUCUACAGCACCUCGGCUGGAAAGCGAGGUGCUACUUGCUGCAGACAUAGAUUUGAAAGGCAAGGUCGAAGAGAUAAAGUUGAGAAUGCAAGCCUUGGCAGAUGCCUUGGCUAAUCAACACAUUGUCUACGAUACGAGGCUAGAAGACCUGACCACUCGCCUGUAUGAUAAAGUGAAUGGUUUAAAUGAAGAAGCAGUUCAGCUUUUGCAAGCUAAACUGAUACAUCAAUUUUACCUGAAGUUGAUAAUCUUCAAUGCCCUCAGUAAAUCGAAGACUGAGGAGUGAAAUGUCAGUUGCUAAUGCUGAAGGUACCAAUAUUACGCACUGACAACGAUAACGAAGUACCGGGAGAAUCUGUGGAUAAGAGACAGUUUACAGAUAGGUACAUUGGCGAUAACGGAAAAAUUUUGGCGGUUGGGUAGACGGCAAAGAUCUCUCUCUCUCUCUCUCUCUCUCUCUCUCUCUCGGUCAAUGCACCCGAGGGAGCGGGCUGCGACGUCGAUCUACCCUUAUUGUGACGCCAAAAUCAAACGAGGACGCAGACAAUGUGCUGGACGUUCCUCUAGCUCGAGCUCCCCAAACCUCACCUGGAUAGCGAGGUACCUUUGAACGCGAAAACCAUCCAGACGGGGAAGCUAAGCUCAUAAUUGAAUUUCUACCUUAAGGUCCUCGGUAAUCUCGAGGUGAGAUGCCAAGGUGAAAACGUAUUUUUAUGAGAGAGAGAGAGAGAGAGGGUAAACAGAGAGAGCGAGAAGAGGAAAAGAGAGAGAGAGACAUCCCGAGGGCUUCCCGCAAACGGAUACGAUUAACAUCGAACUAAGGUUUUAUAGAAACCAAAUCGAAACAAGAAUUACGUGGUUUGAAAC